AUUAAAAAAAAAAAAAAAAUAAUAAAAAAUCUUAUCAUAUCGUCAAUUGGAUGAAAAAGAAAAGAAAAAACAACACUCAUGAGUAAUAACUCAAAUUAUAAAGGUAAUCUUACCUAUUAUACACAUGCAUAUGUAUAUAUAUAUAUAAAUAGAAAAUAACGCAAUACCAUUCGUUGUAUCCAAUAGCUUCGAUUUGAUUAAGUAUCGUAGACAAUUUUUUAUGAUCAAUUUAUAAUUGAAAUUAUUUUUGUUAAAUGUGCGAACAAUCGAAGUUGUACACCGAUACGAGAUACAAUGAUAGCGUUAUAUGUGUGUUACGAUAAUAAAGAGAUUGUAAGCUGUGUUAUUAUACACCAUAGCUUUUAACGUUAUUCCCAAUUAAAUAAUGAACCGACAUUACCCUAAUUAAUCAGGUGAAUAUGGCCAGGUAGACUACCCCCAUCCUCCGGUUUGCUUUUUAGUAGUAGAAGAAAAUCAAACAAAGUAGAUGAUUAAUCCAACGAUGAUCAUCUGUAAUUAAUAUAUUAUAAAAGAAAAAAUUAUUGACGAGUAAUAUAUUAAUAAGUAAAUUAACUGUUAAUUAAUAACUAAUUAUUAAAUAACUUAGUAGUUUGAUAGUUGCCUUAUUGAGCUACAAUUAAGUGGUGAGGUCUCUUCUUUUCUUCAUUCCCAGAUAAUUGUUGCAUUUGAACAUUUCAUACAUGCAAGUAUAAGAUCAAAUAUAUUUCAUAAUACUUUUGCAAAUUAACUCGUAGUUACGAUUUCUAAUUUUCAAUUUAAACUAUUAGUGAUAUCUAAUGACUUUCUUAACAAAUAUUUUCGAUGACAUUUUAAAGACAAAUGAAUAAUGAGAAGAAGAAAAAAAACAUUAUUGGAUGCAUGUUACUUGAUAAAAAAUGAAUUAUUGUGACACGAGAAAGUAAUCUUUUAUUAAGCUGAAUUAAUAUUCAAGCUUAAAUAAAAGAAUUUAAUUAGAAAUCAUUGCGUUAUUGUUUCAUACAUUGUGUUUGUACAUAUCUUUUGAUCGAUUACAUUGUAACGUGCACAUGAAAUAAUGCAAAUACAAAAAACCUAAGAACAUAUCCGUCUUUUUGUAUUCUGGGAAAAAAACGAGAGAUUGAAACAAAACAAAACAAAAAAUUGAUAAAUAUGCAGGUAGAUUAGAUAAGAGUAUAAAAUAUGCAUGAUGUGAAAAAAAAAAGGUGAUAAGAAUUUUGUAGAUCUUUAAAAGUCGUCAAUGCAACUUGAUCUUGACAGUUUUGCAAUUGAAGUCGUUCAGAAAAAAACACACAGUCAAGACCAAAAAGUCAAAUAAUUUCAAAGCUCACGAUGAAAGAAAAAUGGUAUAUAAUAGUAACUAUAUUGGUAUCAACAUUAGCCAUAGUUAUGGCUGGUGACACUGUCAUAACACCAAUACCAACGGAAUGCCCUGAAGAAGAUUCUCCUGACUAUACUGUCCACUUGGCUCACGAAUCUGACUGCACUAAAUUCUACAAAUGUUUUGAUGGCGAGAAAAUAGAAAUGGAUUGUCCAUUAAUGAACAGUAAGGGAGAUAAACUGCACUUCAAUCCAAAGCUACAAGUUUGUGACUAUCCAAAUAAUGCUGGGUGUAAAUCUUAUGGUACUACGUCAAACCCUGUCACCGAAUUUUCCACAACUUCCCUUAAACCUUCUGCUGAACCUUCAAACAAACCUUCGACAGAAUCUUCUAAUGAAUCUUCCUCAGAAUCUUCCUCAGAAUCUUCCUCAGAAUCUUCUAACGAAUCUUCCUUAGAAUCUUCCAAUGAACCUUCUACCGAAUCUUCCACAAAAUCAUCCAAUGAACCAUCUACCAAAUCUCCCCCAGAACCUUCCAAUGAAACUUCUGAACCUUCCAGAGAACCUUCCACCGAAUCUUCGGAUAAAACUCCGACAGAAUCUUCUACCAAACCUUCUACUGAAUCUCCCCCAGAACCCUCCCCUGAAACUUCCGAACCUCCCAGAGAAUCUACCACCGAAUCUCCCCCAGAAUCCUCUCCUGAAUCUCCCCCAGAACCUUCUUCUGAAUCUCCUCCAGAACCAUCCAACAAACCUUCAGAUAAACCUUCGACACAAUCACCUACCAAACCUUCUACCAAACCUUCUACUGAAUCUCCCUCAGAACCCUCCCCUGAAACUUCCGAACCUCCCAGAGAAUCUUCCACUGAAUCUCCUUCAGAACCUUCUUCUGAAUCUUCUCCAGAACCAUCCAACAAACCUUCAGAUAAACCUUCGACACAAUCACCUACCAAACCUUCUACUAAACCUUCUACUGAAUCUCCCCCAGAACCCUCCCCUGAAACUUCCGAACCUCCUAGAGAAUCUUCCACCGAAUCUCCUCCAGAACCUUCUCCUGAAUCUUCCCCAGAACCAUCUAACAAACCUUCAGAUAAACCUUCAACACAAUCACCUACCAAACCUUCUACUAAACUUUCUACUGAAUCUCUCCCAAAACCCACCCUUGAAACUUCCGAACCUUCCAGAGAACCUUUCCCCGAACCAAUACCUGGCUCUGUUUGUGCUCCAAACGGUUCCACUUAUCCUCAUAUCUGCUCUUGCGAAAAUUUUUAUAUUUGCAAAGACGGCGAUUUGGUUCUUCGAAAAUGUCCUUCUGGUUUCCAUUGGAAUCUUUACACAGAAAGAUGUGAAAUAAUUGCCCUGGCAAACUGUAUAAAAGAGAAAACUAUGAAAUGGUAUUAUAUUUCAUGGAGCUAACUUUACAGAACUUAUGUUAGACUCGUAGUAUUUUUAUUUACAUAGAUUUCGAU